CGCUCCCGCGCCGCUGCUCCUCCUCCCGCUAUACUCUCCGCCCGGCUCCGCGGCUCCUCAUUCAGUGGAAGAUGGCGGACUGCGCGGCGCUGCUGGAUGAGGAGCUGUCGUCCUUCGUCUUCAGUUACCUGACAGAGAGCUCGCGCAGCCAGUAUGGGGAGGAGGAGGUGUGUUCGGACCGUCUGGACACCGACUUCCCGGACAUUGACCUCUCCCAGCUGGACACCAGCGACUUUGACAGCGUCAACUGCCUCAGCGAGCUGCAGUGGUGCAACGAUCAGUCGGCCAACGCGUCGCCGGCCUCCAUUCACUACAGCACAGCAGACGAGCUGUUCGAGAUAGAAGAGGAGAACGCGGCUCUGCUCGCCGCUCUCACCGACAGUUUGGAUGGGAUUGUGGAUGCCGAGGUGGGUGGACUCUCUGUGUUCCCCGCCCUGGGGGAGGAGCCCAGCCAAGAAGAGGAAGAUGGUCUUUCUCUCAGCGCCGAGGACUUCAGCCAGCCUCUGGGGUCCGAGACCGAGGACCCAUCUCUGCUGAAGAAGCUGCUGCUGACGCCUCCCAACAUGCCUGCAGGCAUGGACGUGCACAAAGAGGGCGUGAAGGGCCAUCGCUACUGCAACAGAAGCUUGCGCCUUCGUCCAGUCAGGCCUCUGCUGAAGAGUGACGUUCCUCAGGAGAGGAAGCCCCGGGCGGUGCGUCCCGCUGGGCGUCUGUGCACAGAGCUUCACCGCCACCUCACCACCACGGAGGACACUGCGGCUCCUGACACGGAGGAGGAGGACGAGGAAGAGGAGGACGAGGACAGUGAGUCUGAGGAGGAAGAAGAGGAGGAGGAGUCCUCCAGCAGUGAAGCGGAGGGAGCGGCAAGCGUGGCCGCUGCCCCCGUUGAGGCACCGAAGCCUCAGUUCAGCUCAGAGAAGGAGCUGCAGUCUGUGGUGGAGCUGAUCAGGUACAUGCACACCUACUGCCUGCCCUCGCGCAAGCAGCAGGGCUGGGAUCGUAAGGACCGUGACUUGCUGCGGUCCCGGGCCCGACCUGAGGCCCCCCGCUCACCUGCCACAACCUCUCACAGUAGAGUGGUACUGGUGGCUGGUCCCGGGACCGGCGGGGGCUCGACUGGGUCAGCCAGCACCGCCACCAGGAAGCUCCCCUUCGCUCGGCGAAGGGAGAUGAAGGCAGACUCCCUUCUCCGCACGCUCUUGCAGCAGAGCAGCUCUUUUGACGUGAGCAAGCCUUACAGACUGCACCGCCCACCCUACUCUCGCAGCCCCGACCGAACGGGAGAACCCGCUCCCUCAGGCCCGGCCCAAAUCCCCACCUCCGCCAACCCCAAGCCAGACCUUGAGACCCCUGAGAGGAGAAGCCACUCCUCUGAGCCACCACGAAGCCUGGAGAAGACUGCAGACUGCAGCGGCUCCUUCUCAGUUCGGCGCUCACGCCGGCUGGCAUCGUUUCCCAGCCGCUUUGCCAAAAGGCUGCGGCCUGAACGGGCCAGGGAAGAAGACAGGAAGGAGGGACGGGUGGGGCUCAAACUGCCGCCCACCCAAGCUGGAGGGGAAAAGCGCGACGGAGACGUUGAGGGGAAAGCUAACGUCCAUCACAGCAAUACUGACCUACAUGCUGAUGAGUUUGUACAUGGCAGUGAGAGGAUUUUUGUUGUGGUUGCAGAAAAGCCAGCCUGCCUGUGUCUGCCUCUCAACACAAAGUCUGCAGGAGAGUCCCAGUACAGCACCAAGGCCUUUGAGCAGACGCUCAGCGUGGACCUGUGCGGAACGGCGGGUCUCACCCCUCCCACGACUCCGCCUCACAAGCCCGUGGAAGACGAGCUGUUCAAGCCGGCAGACGGAGGAAAAGGUGGAGGUGGCGGUGGUGGAAGCGAGCCCGCCCACCCGGCUUCAAACAGCAGCGCUGCCGCAAAGACCUCGUCCUGGGCGAGCCGGGCUCACCACCAGCGGAAGCUGCCAGAGCAGACGGAGCUAUACGCUCAGCUGAGGCGCAUGGGCCAGGCCAGCGAGGCUGAUGCCCACCGCGGCUUUGGUGACCAUGAUUAUUGUCUGCUGAGCCUCGGCGAGAGCCGCAAGCGUAGCGCUGCCAUCUUUGGCGCCAUGUUACAGGGACGAGCAGAGAGCGAGAGAGUCUGUGCUCCAACUCCCAGAGUGGCCGAGGAGGAGCGGGAAGGGAAGGAGAGCGAAGACGGGCUGGUGCACCCGGAGGCUGCAGAGCCGCGGGAGCAGCUGACAUCGUCAUCGUCACCCCCAUCAGACCGCCAGUCGGACGCUGCCACGCCGCCAGCUUCUGAAGAAGAGGCAGAGGGCUCGUCAGUGUCUCGCUCGCCCUCGCCCAUCCCCCACCUGUUCCCCAACUCCCCCUCCAGCAAGAAAGACUCCAGUGAGAACUCGGAGAUUUGUCCUGACGACACGCAGAGGAUCAAAGCCAAUCCUGACGAGGACAACUGCCAGGUGUUUUACAUCCACAACCUGCCGAGCAGCGUGACCCAGAACAUGCUGAGGAAACGCUUUCAGAUUUUCGGCAAAGCAGAGGACUGCAAAGUCAUCAUCUGCAACGAGGAGCGCUGCGGGGUGAUAAAGAUCCGCUCAUCGGGCGUUCAGAAGCACUGGAGAGAGCGGGAAGGUGUUUUCCAGAACGGACCAGUGAGCCCGCGGAGGCUGACGAGGAAGCGCUACAUAGACCUCGAUGAGGCGGGUCCCGGCCCGGUCAAGAGCAAGUACGACGCAAUGGACUUUGACACUUUGCUGAAGGAGGCCCAAAAGUCCCUGCACCGCUGACAGAAGAGGUCCACCGUCUGGCCAGCCUUAGUAAAGAGCAUCAGCCCUGCAGCGACGCGGCUCUGCCCUCAGACUGACUCCUGGUUCCUCCACGCAAGACGACCUCGCGAAAUGUUUACAUUUUUACCGUUGGAAUAAACCAUGAGGACCUCGUUUUUUUAAGUUCUUUCACCGGAGGACACUGCUCAUAAACGAGGCGCUGCUGGGACCGCAGAGCGGUGCAGGGUCACUUCAGAGAGUUCGCUUCUGUGCUGCUUUCUUGUCUGCACUGGGAUGCCGUCGCCUCGCUGUGGACAAGCGGGCGUGAGAGACCCAGUAGCAGAUCCUUGCUAUCCCUGCGUGGCGUUGGUUGUUGUGGUGUGUGUCCCCAUGUGUUCGUUGUUCUGUUUGUUUUGUAAAAUAAGAGAAAUGCCCCUCUGAGGUCACGACAGGCGACUCUACGAGCUGCAUUUGCUCGUGCGGUCGUAUAACCCCAAAAAAGAACCUGCUUUGUUUCAGCGACAAAUUGUGGAUGUUAUUAAUUUUAAAAUUACUGUGUGUGUGUGUUAUGGACAAAGAAUAUAAGAAAACAUUUAAUGUAAUUAUUUUAUGACUGAGAAAGUUUACAAAUCUAAUAUGAAGAAAAAAAAAUCAUGUUUUUUCCUUUUUGUAAUUGUAGUGCUUCCUUGAUUUGAUCUAUGCACUGUAAGGACGCACCUGUUUCUGCUGUCCCUCCCUCCGAUCUCCGCCAUGCUAACGUUACGGCUGCUGCUGCUGCUGCUUCACACACGAAGGCUUUCGGGAUUUGGGAAAAGUGUUCCCGCACUCGUUCACACGCACUGAAAUAAGAUGUGAGUUUACUUGAACGCCUGGAGGCGUGGCCUGAGAUGGAGGCAUAGGCACAGAUUAGUUUGCCCACAUCCAUCAGAACCAGGACGAAAGUUGGAAACACUUUUCCCAGAUCUUAGAGCCUCCCUGUCUCCCUGAUGAGAGCCCCCCAACCGCCAAUGCAACCGUUACUGUUUACAUCUGGACAGCAGCAAGCGUGAGGAAAAUGGAGAGCGCUCUGUACAAAUCCAGCACUUUGUCCAGUAUUCACCCCUUGAAGCUGCUCAUCAGCCCUGUGGGGCCAAGAGCUGCCCGCGGGUCACGUGUGUGGGCCGGCCGCGGCGCGAGCCUUGCCCUCGACAGCAUGCAGAAGGAUCGGCUGGUCUCGUGGAAUGUAUUCGAGGACCUGAAUGUAAUCGUGGCGUUUUCCCCGUUUCUGCUCGCCCAAAGAUUGUGGAGCUCUCCAGUGCUUUAAAAGGCUACACUGGCAGGGCUGCGUGCGCCGCUCCGGCCUCAGCGGUCGUCCGCUUGCGGCCGAUUUACAUUCCCGGCGCAGCUAGCAGCAGCAGCACUCCGUCAAAGGGAGAGAGCCUCCACAGCUGCCGGCGAGGUGGCAUGAUAUGGCCCGAGGACGAGCAAGGGGCCGGCCGAAAGGGAAGGAACAGAGCGGGGGUUUCCCGCCUGCUUCAGAUGAGCAUCUCUACCUCACAUCCAUCCGCCCCCGCCCUUUGUCUGUGUACGCUCUCCCCCUCCUCUUUUAUAAGUGUCUGUCACUGGUUUCUUUGCUCGGUGUUCUCGGUGUGGGGCUUUUCUCUGCUGAUGGGCGGUGUGGGUGGGUUUCUUUUAAUACUGCGACUCCUACCACUACUAGCCACGAUGGGGGGCUACUCUCUGUGUCCGGGGCCGCCUCACGGCGGUCCUCGGCGUGUCUGUUUCUUAGAGUCUCGACCGUGUCCUCGUGUAGCUGAGUGUUUCGUCUUCGUCUCGUGUUUGAGUUGGACACUACUGAUGCUAACCCUAACCUGGGCCGGGCCAGGGGGGCGUAGCAGGUCAGGUUACCCGUCUUUCCCUCGUUCUUCCUCGGGAAUGCGCCCAAUCCUGAUCUCCUGCUCAUCCUCGCUCCCGGCCCGACUCUCGCUCUCUCUCUUGCUCUCUCUCUCUCUCACUCUCUCUCUUUGGGUUUGAGGGUUCCGGGCCUUUCCCAGACUCCUCCCACUUCUUUCCCCUUCCUCUUCCUUUCUCUAUCUAAUCGACUUGUUGGUAACACACAAAAAAUUGAAUGUUUACAUCACUUGAUUCUCGUCUGACUUUAUUAGGAACGCACACUAAGUACAAAGGCGCCUUAUUCAGUGUUUCAAACUAAAACAACAGCAAGCAAAGUGUCGCGGGGGGGCCGCACCCCUCCCCCAAGGCUCACUGAUGUCCAAAACGUAUACAUACUGAUGGAGGAACAAGAACCCCUGAAUGAGUAUUUGUGCUUAGUAUGUAUACUACUCAAAAGUGAGAGAAUGUGCUGGUUUACAUGUUAAAAAGAAAUAUAUGAGUAUAUAAUGUGUACAUAGCACUAUGCCUCAUUGUAAACAUAAAAUGUAUUGUGUGUUUUUGUAAAGGUGGUGGGUCACUGUUGAUUCUGAAUCAGGCGGGAGGUGCUGGUUUGGGUCGGGGAGGAAAUCCAACACUGUAGUUCCCUUUAGUCCGUCACACUAGCACGUCCCAUUUCUUUGCUGUUUAUGAAACGAUUCGUUUUGUUUUCAGUUUUCUGAAAAAGCAAUUUAAGAUGCAAUACGUAAUAAUCUUCUGAUUACAGCCAUCCUCACAUCCUGAGGAAAUAUGUGUGGGUGGUGCUGAGGUGUACUGCCGGAUGCUCUGUGCGCAGACCGCAGCGGGAGGAAAGCGGUGCGUCGUGAAUGGCCAUCUGAAUUUACUCUUGCACAAAAUUGUCACAAACGGUGAAACGGCGUUUCCCAUCAAAGAGCCAAUGGGAAGGAGUUUCUGUCGUGUGUCAGCAGCAGCCGAUCCACACCGCGACCAGAACACGGGAUGUGAGAGGGGGGAAACAAAAGGAAGCUGUCGCCGGUUUGACCCUGUUAAAUAUCUGCGCCCCCCCCCCCCUCCCCCCGUAGAGGCACAGGUGUGUGGGCGGAGUUUCUGGCUGAGGUUUCCGCCCUGCUUUUAAUUUUAAAAUCUGAGACCGAGAGGGGUUUCUGCAGUCAGUCCUCCAGGUGAACGACAUCAGCUACCCCCGUCUCCAAACGGCAAGCCUUAAAAACCAGCCGGGGGAACCACUAGCUUUUAUUAUUACUGUUUAACCUCCUUUCCAAUCCAAUGUGGUUUAUUAUUAAAUAAUUACUGACGUAAUUACAACUUUUUUCAAUAGCCAUAUUAUAAAAAAUAUAUACAUAUAUAUGAAUAUAUAUUUGUGUGUUUGUGUAGAUAUCUAGAUGAUUAUAUACUUUCUUAUAGAAAACUUUGAUGUUGAUCAUUCUCCUGAGUGUUUUGAGAACACAUUUCAGCAUACAUACAUAUAUAUAUAUAUAAAAGUGCUGUCUGCCUGGUCUAGGUCCUAGGUCAGCAGGCAGCAAAUCCAAAUAAUUUUUAAAAAAAAACCUUCCAAAGGGAAUACCCUCGUCACAAUGCAAUACCUUUCUUUCCACUCUUCCUUUCAGAAAAAUGGGAAAUGGCAAGAAAAUCAUUUGUUAGGCAGGUUAACCAAAAAAAAUUUAAAAAAUCUUCAGUAAUAAACAGCUUGGCUCGCAGCUCGUGGAAAAACACGUAACGUCUUGGGUUUUCUACGUUGGCGACGCCGUGGCCAUUUAAAAAAAAAACGCGUCCGAUCACGCCUCAUUUCACGUCUUGUCGGGUUUUUGAUUUGAGAAUGGAGCCCAGCAUCGACGCGUCUCUAUCUGCUAAAUGUGAGUUUGGAAACUCGACAAAGGGCAUACUCGUUUCAUCGUUUCUCAUUUCUAUUGAUUUACUGUCUAUUUACAUCUAAUGACUAUCAGAUUCACAAAUUCUUAUUUUUUCUUUUUUAACUUAGUUUUUGGUAAAAGACAAAAAGGUAAAUACUGCUAGUGAGAUUUUAUAUUUUUACAUAUGUUGGUUUUAUUUUGCGUGUCUUCUUUUUUAUUUAUAUGCCACUUAGUUUGGACGUCUUUGGUUUUGUGUGAAUUCAUAUGUCUGCAGAAUGUGGAGACAAAGGCAUUUCAGUAUUUUUGAAUUGUUAAAAUCUAGUUUCAUAGAAGCGGAGUAUCUGAUGUUAUAAAUUAUAUUUUAAUUCAUGUAAAUAGUUUAAAACAGAAGAUUAUGGCUUCCUUUUAAACUGAAUACAUUUCUCUUCAGAGAUUGUUUACAUUAUUAAACUGUAGAGAUGUGCUCCUCAUAUACUGUAUAAAGUACAUAUAUUCAUUGAUUUGCCUCCAAAAAUAAAAUCCUAAUGAACAAAC